AUGGCAGCUCCCAGCGACCCUGCGCUCUCCGAGAAGCCGGAGGCAUCAGACUUCGACGAUAAGAUCAUCCCACCACCAGAUGCGACCAAAACAGAACGAGGUACCGACACACAGGCCGAACAUGCCUCCUCCGACACCGCAAGCCACGAAGAUAUCCCCAAGCUCCACACAGGCGGCAAACCCGAGCUAACAGAAGACGAGUGCUACGAGAAACUCGGCUUCUGCUUCCCAACCUGGAAGAAAUGGAUGAUCCUCACCGUAAUCUUCGCCGUCCAGAUGUCCAUGAAUUUCAACACCGGAGUCUACGCCAGCGCCGUGCCCGGCCUCGUGAAAGAAUUCCAAAUCAGCGAACAAGCCGCCCGAGUCGGCCAAGCCGUCUUCCUAAUCGCCUACGCCUUCGGCUGUGAGCUCUGGGCCCCCUGGAGCGAAGAAUUCGGCCGCUGGCCCAUCAUGCAGCUCUCCCUGUUUCUCGUAAACAUCUGGCAAAUCCCAUGCGCGGUCGCACCCAACUUCGGCACAAUAGUCGUAUGUCGCGUCCUCGGCGGCCUCAGUUCAGCCGGCGGCUCCGUAACUCUCGGCAUGACAGCCGACAUGUGGGAAGCAGAUGACCAAGGGUAUGCGGUGGCAUAUGUAGUGCUCUCCUCGGUAGGCGGGUCGACCGUCGGACCCUUCUUCGGCGGAAUGAUCGGCCAAUGGCUAGACUGGCACUGGGUGUUCUGGAUGCAGCUGAUAGUCGGCGUGGCAACACAAUUACUACACUUCAUCAUCGUGCCGGAAACCCGCGCAACGAUCCUCAUCGACCGCGAAGCGAAACGCCGACGCAAACAAAACGGCGAAGACAUCUGGGGUCCAGACGAACUGAAAACACCCCGUUUGGACCUGCACGAUGUAAUACGGAUCUGGCUGCGUCCUUUCGAGAUGUUCCUCCGCGAACCAAUCGUCCUCUUCCUCUCCCUCCUCUCCGGUUUCUCCGACGCCCUCAUCUUCGUCUUCACCGAGUCCUUCACCCUAGUCUUCGAACAGUGGUCCUUCAGCACACUCGCCGUCGGCCUAACCUUCGGCUCAAUCCUAAUAGGCUAUCUGAUAGCCUACCUGAUCUUCCUACCAGACAUCUACCGACAAAUCCAACUGCGUCGCAAAUACGGCGCAGCAAGCCGUCUAGCCGAACGUCGACUCCUCCUUCUCCUCUUCAUCGCACCGCUAGAACCAGUCGGACUCCUCGGUUUCGCAUGGACAAGCAUGGGUCCGCCGAUCCCGUGGAUUGCGCCUAACAUCUUCGCUUGUAUGAUUGCCAUGGCGAAUUACGCCAUCUACAUGGCGACGAUCGAUUACAUGGUUGCGGCUUAUGGACCUUAUUCUGCGUCUGCGACGGGAGGCAAUGGGUUUGCGAGGGAUUUUCUCGCAGGUGUUGCCACUAUGUAUGCUGUGCCGAUGUAUCAGGGUAUUGGGGGCAGAUUCCAUCUUCAGUGGGCGAGUACGCUGCUUGGGUGUGUGGGAUUCUUGGUGCUGAUUCCGAUUUAUGUGUUCUAUUGGAAGGGACCCGAUAUCAGGGCGAAGAGUAAGUUUGCCCAGCAGUUGGCUGCUGAUCGGGAGAGGAAUGAGGGGAGGAGGGUGAGUCGGGUUAGGUCUUCUGUUGGGGCUUAG